AUGCAGAAUGCACUGAAAAGCGCCAUCGGCAGGGCUCUCGAAGGGAAUGCCUGGACCAAGUUUACGGACCCCACUGCUGGACGCGGACAGACCACCUUCCCCAAGGGGCCGGCGGACCUGGAAUGGCUCGGGGUCCGCUGGCAAUACGACGGCGAGGUCACCAAUGCGAACGGGGUUUACCACAAGUUCCUGAUGCAGCCCAAUGCUGGCAAGGUUCCCUUGGCCAUCAAAAGAUGGCGGGAAGGCCAUGGCGGUACUCAUGCUGUAAUGGCCAUUGCUCUGGUGAAGAAAUACGGCACCAAGGAGGACGUGGAGAAUGGAUUGAAAGAAGCAGCAGCCACCGUGAAGGACUGA